AUGUCGGUGUCGGUGAGGGCGGCGCUGCUCUGCGCGUGCGCAUUGCUUUUGCAACACGCUAGCGCGGAGCUUAAGGGAAGAUGUGAUGCACAAAUGAAUUGCCCGGCGAGGGCAACACCUUGCACUACCGAUGACGAAUGUGGAGAGCAGAUCUGUUGUAACACAACAUGUGGACAGACUUGUGUAGAUCCUUUAUUUACUGGGUGUGAAAAUUUAAAGCUAUCAUCAGAACGGAUAUCUCGUGCCUUAGCAGCGGAAAACAGUCGAGGUGGUAGAGGGAAACGCCCAUCUAUGAGGACUCCAAGAUGUCGAACCUCUGAUGGAGAGUUUGAGGAAAUCCAGUGUGACAAUGAGAUUGUAAGCUCUUGUUGGUGUGUCGAUUCUACUGGGUUUGAGAUACCAGGAACUAGGGCGCCAGCAGCUGGCUUAGUUAACUGCACUCGUGUGGCACCGUGUGCAGCUCACACUUGCCGCAUGUUAUGUCCACUGGGCUUCGAGUUAGACGCUAAAGGUUGCCCACUUUGCAAGUGUCGGGAUCCCUGCAGUGGGGUAACUUGUCCUGGACAGCUGUCUUGCCAGUUAGAGGAAAUUCCGUGUCUUACACCGCCGUGCCCACCAGUACCUACUUGUAAACGGGGUCGUAGUCUACAAAAUAUCUGCCCGGUUGGAGAACCGCUUUUAAUAUCAGAAACAAGUCGCCCGUUCCUGUGUGGCACUGAUCCUGGAAAACCUAAUUGCCCACCUUUAUUCAGAUGUCUUGUGGAAUCAGGAAACGACUACGGUGUUUGCUGUCCAGCAUCACUAGAACUUCAAAAAGCGGGAACUUGUCCUGUCCCUACGAACAAUGACCUGGACUGCGGCACUCCUUGCGCCCACGAUCUUGAAUGUCCAUCGAUGCAGAAGUGUUGCGAUGGUGGAGAAUGUGGCAGACACUGCAUAUUGCCUCACAAUGUGACUAUGUGUACUCAACAGAAGAUGAUAGCGGAGUUGUUGGUCAUCAGUGAAAAAGAGGGAAGAGGAUAUGUACCCCAGUGUGGUCAUGACGGAUCAUUUAUAUCAAGACAGUGUUCCAGAAAUGGACUAGUUUGCUGGUGCGUAGACGCAGAAGGCAAUAAACUCCGAGGUUCAAUGGGACCGUCCUCGUCAGUUAAAUGCUCAAGUUUACCUCUCCCAGCCCGCAGUGGUGCUCGAAGCCUAGACUCUUGCGCACGUGCGUUGUGUGCAGGAGUGUGCGAGUACGGAUACAAAAUAGGUGCAGAUGGAUGUCCUACUUGCGAAUGUGAUGACCCUUGCGCUGGUUUCCCUUGCCCUGAUAAUGAGGAGUGUGUCAGGGUUAAGGAUGCUGAAUGUUCUGGGGAAUUGUGUACCGGGUAUCCAGUUUGUCGACCAAAAGGAUCAUACGAGAACCCUUGCGAAGUCGGGGCUCCAGCUACAGACGAGGAUGGUUCUUUACUACCUUGCGGAGUAGAAGCUGAUUGUCCCUUAGGACACGCUUGUACAACGACCAGAAGAAACGGAUUAGCCGUCUGCUGUCCAGACCCUCACUAUGUUGAUAAUUCCACUGAUAGUGAACUUAUGGAGAUAAACUUCGAAACAUGUGGUUCAGAGGCAGAAGCUCUCUGCGCACUAAACUCGACAAUAACUUGUCCUGAAGGCGAAUGCGACAACGACCUCGUUUGCUGCGCAACUUCCACGUGCGGCCCCGUGUGUAUCGACGCGGCGAAGAUGAGACUGCAAUCUGACAGGGUCGAUGACACAACAACCAUGUGUGAAUACCUACGCGAUUUUGACGAGAAAAUGGAAGGCACAGUAGACGGAAUGAAACUAGCUUUGCCAGCCCCAACCUGCAAGUCGGACGGUUCAUUUACUUCACAACAGUGCGCCAACGGCAGCUGUUGGUGCGUGGACUCUUUCGGAACGGAGAUACCAGAAACUACUACCAAUAAUGCUUCAGCAAUUGACUGUGAAAAAGUCCGUUCUGAGCUCUCGUGCUUGGAGCUCACCUGCCGUAUGGGCUGUGACUACGGUUUUGAGUUGGGAUCUGGACGUUGUCCCACGUGCAAGUGUCGCGACCCCUGCGCAGGAGUCACCUGCCCCGACGGUCGCACAUGCGCAACUGUUGAUGUUGCGUGUGAUGCGGACUACUGUCCUCCUGUUCCUGCAUGUCUUCCAAAGAAGCCAGGACAAUGUCCAUACCUAGUCCCAUCCAAUGGUGCAUGUGAAUGGUCCUGCAGAAGUGACGCAGAAUGCGGCCCUAUGGAACGCUGCUGUGCCACAGGUUGUGGAACUGCUUGCACUAAGGCAGUACACCAGACUGCUUGUCAGCAAAGGAGGGCGCUAGCUUUACACACGGCGGCAGAAAGUGGCAAUCCACCAGCCUGGACGUGGGUACCACAGUGUAAAGAAGAUGGCGCCUAUGAGCUUGUGCAGUGUCGAGGCUCUGACAAGGCAUGCUGGUGUGUUGAUGUUGCUGGUAAUGAGAUCGCUGGCACCCGCACUUUUAACUCCACACCAAACUGCGAUGCACCAAUCAAAUGCCCAAUACCCACCUGCCCAGUAAAUGAUAUUUGUGCUAACGGACGGAAGCUCGACGAUAAGGGUUGUCCUACCUGCGAUUGCUAUGAUCCCUGUGCUGAAGCCAAAUGCAGAACUGACGAGACUUGCGAACUAGUGCCGUUGGAAUGUGAGGGUGUCUCCUGCCCACCUCUAGCCCAGUGCGCCCCAGCCCCUCAGUGCCCUGACGGUGUUAACCCUCUGCAAGCUCCUGAUGGUUCGGGACCUUUAUUGUGUGGACCCAGCGCUGCCGCUUGUCCGUUCACACACGCGUGCAGAUUUGCACCUCAUGAUUCAAGGCCGUCGGUUUGCUGUCCUAAGCCACGUACUGUAUGUUUCGAGAACAAAGACGAAGGUUCAUGCUCAGAUACUGAAGUUCUGAACACAACGAGAUGGUACUUCAACCAUGAACGUAACCGCUGUGAGCGGUUCAGGUACCAUGGUUGCUCUGGCAACCACAACAAUUUUAGAACAAAGGAGGAGUGUAACACUGUGUGUCCACUGAAAGAAGAAACAGCAAAAUUGAACAAGAAGAUUACAUUUGAUAUUGACACAGUGUUGAGCCCAUGUGAAAGACUGAGGGAGAAGAACGAGAUAGCAGCACAAAAAUACGGCAAAGGCACGUUCAUACCGAAGUGUGAUGGUAAUGGCACUUGGGAGCCAGUACAGUGUAUGUCACACAUUGAUGUCUGUUGGUGUGUAAGCUCGAGAGGGGAACCACUAAAGGGAUCUUUAGUCAGAGGCGGUCAACCCCAUUGCAACUUCAGGCAAGCGCGAAAGUAUAUUCCUCGUGUUAAUCUAGAUGAAAAAGCCAGAGCCGACGAAGUGUUAGAGGAACUGAUUAGACAAAUGACAGCGUAUAGAAUAGACGAGUUUGAUGAAGAAGACGACGAAGACAUCGAUCUCGAUGCCGUAGGUCGAGAAGGGGACAAAGAACUAGAACAGAAAGACGAAGCUGUAUUAAUAUCUGAAGUAGUAGAAGUAAAACCUGCAGAUAGGACUAGGAUAGUAGAGAAGCCUCUAGAAUUACAAGCAGACAAAAAGAAUGUCUAUUUAGAUACUUCUUCAAUAAAAUUCAAAACGAAAUGUCAGGCAAUGCAGGAAGAAACUGAAAAGGGUACAGGUAGCGAAGGGCUUCAUCCACGUUGCCUAUCAGACGGAUCGUUCUCUCCAAGACAAUGUUGGCGAGGGAGAUGUUGGUGCGUUGAUGCUGCAGGACAGAGGACACAACGUCUUGGAGUAGUUGAAGAUGCUCCUAAACCAGAUCUUUGUGAGGUAACACAAGUAGAAUCGGCAGUGCUAGAGCUGGAGCUGCUGAGCGCGGAUGGUGGGGAGGGAGGGGAGGUCGGCUCGGCGGCGGCGGAGAGGGCGCGCUCGGCGGUGGCGGCGCGCCUCGCCGCGCUGGGGGCGCGCGCACCGGUACUGCUGGAGCGAGAGCGCGCCGCUCUGCGCCUGCGCACCGCGCUGCACGGCCCGAGAGCCGCUGACUACGUAUAUCACAUCGAGAACUUUGUAAAAGAACAAAAAUUAUCAGCCCAGUCUGGAGAUGCGAUUUUGAACGCCGACGUAAUUCGCAGCGAAUACCGUCUAGCACAGCUACCGCAAAUAACUAUGCAACAGAGAGAAAUACUUAGCGAGUCCACUGUUUCCGCAACAACAUCUUACCACACUGCCCUGAUAGUUUUAGCAGCAACUUCAGCGUUCAUAAUAAGUGUUCUCUGCGUUCUGGUAAUGCUUUACCGCGCACGACUCCAAAGAGAGCCACAAAAAGCGGAGCGGUUUUUGCCAGCCGCACCGCCGGUCUAUGUCCUCUCAGCUGACGAGAAGGCUGAACUAGCAAGAGUUCUCCAUGCCCCGCCACCACCUGUCCCACCGCACGAUGACCAAACAAGAAUAUAA